AUGCGCUUUACCCAGAUACGCAAUGCAGCAACCACGUUUGGUUCGAGGACAACGUUGGUAAGGCCAUGUUAUGCAACACUACCACAGUUUCGUCGGCAUUAUGGGUCUCAAGACGUUGCUCCUGGAGGCCCACCACAGCCCGGCAAGGAGGGUCCCGAUCCAGAUGAAUCUUCUCGAGACCAGUCAGACAGGCAGGAUACUUCUAUAAAAGCGACUCUUCUACGGAUGUUUGAAUCGUCGGCAACAACAUUCGCCUCCAUAGUUGUCCUUGGUGCUGCUGGCUUCUCUUAUCACAAGUAUUAUAAGUACCUGGUAUUGAAGAAGAUGGACAAUGCCUUUGAGCCUGGCGACCCCAUGCUAGAGCUGGCCGGUGUUAAAAACCCCAAACAAGAUCCCAAAGGAAGCAAAGAUAUGGAAAGGGAUCCUGAUCACUGGCUUGAGCGUGAUGAACAGAGUAGAAUUGACGAGAUUAUAAAUGGUGCAAUUGGACACUAUUACCUUCUUAUUGGCGAGAAGGGCACUGGAAAGACCUCUAUGAUUCUCAAUGCAAUGAGGAAAGUUGAUGGGAGUCGUGUUGCCAUGUUCGAAGCGCACGCGAAUCUUGAAAUUUUCAGAAUAAGAUUGGGAAAGUCUCUGGACUACGAGUUCCAUGAAGACUAUAUAGGCAGUCUCUUCAGUAUACGGGGGCCUCGCGAUACCACUGCUCUGCUGGACAUUGAGCGUGCUCUAAACAAACUAGAGAAAGUUGCUAUCAAGCGCCGGGAUGUUAACCAGAACCCUCUAAUUUUGAUCAUAAACUCUCUACACCUAGUGAGAGAUGAUGAUGACGGCAGAGAUCUUCUCGAGAUGCUACAACAACGCGCAGAGCAGUGGGCAGCUAGUGGAGAUAUUUCCGCUGACAAGUCCAAUAUAGUGUUCAACAGUGAUGAUUACUGGAUUUAUGAACGCCUAAAGCGGUAUGCUUCUCGCAUGGAGGUCAUCCCCGUCCCUGAUCUGCCAAAGGGUAAAGCGCUGGGGGCGCUUCGCCGAUACCGAUCAAGAUACUUCAAAGAAGACCCAUCACAGACCAUACUAGAAGAAGUAUAUAACAAAGUUGGCGGAAGAUUGACCUUCCUAAACCGAGUCGCCAAAUCGGAAGACAUGCUGGCAACAUGCAACGAGAUCUGCGAGGCGGAGAAGACCUGGUUUUUGAACAAAUGUUGGAUCCUUGGCGAGGAAAUGGACGAUGAUGUGAUGGACGAACAAAAGUAUUCUUCUGCGGCAAUGGUACUUGCAAAGGCUCUGGUAGACCUGGAAAAAGAAAUGGACAAAACAUAUGAUGAAGAACGAGGACAUAUCCUACCAGAGUUACCGCUCCACAAGGCACGGCAGAUAAUGACACGAGCAGACUUCAUUCAAUCAUACGACCAUGAUAAUAUCUUCACCAUCGACUCUAAGGCAAGAGUUCGUGCUGAUUCGGUUCCCAUGCAAAACGCCUUCCGCGAGAUAUGUUCCGAACCGGGCUUCGACCAGUACCUCGAGGAUACCUUGGACAGGAUUUCGGCCAUCGAGAGCUUGGGCAGGACCCGAGAGAUUACUGUCAAGGACUUCUGGAACGAGGGUAAAUUCAAAGCAACCAUGCGCGAUACCAAAGGGCGCGAAACCGGCACUCUUGAGAUUGGCGUGGUGAAGCCUGAGAAGGACCAGGACAACGACGACUAG